AUGGAUGCAGAGAAUGGUCGCUGUGGGAGUUUUCCAACAAGUGUGUUUACGCAAGAACAGCCCGGCUGCCAGCGCAGCGUCAGCGGGCAGCACGCCUUUGCAUUCAGCGCAGUUGCAUGUCCCCGUGCCAAGAACGAAUUUUGCCGAUUCAAAUUUGCUCAGUUUGUCAACACACAGCUCCCAUUGAACUUCGCGGGACGAGAAUCAUUCUUGGCAUGGGGCCGCGGGCAGCCCGGGGAGCGCUGCCCGCACCGGCUGCAGCAGGAGCUGUGCACCAGCGAGAGGAACAGCGCCCAGCCUUGGCUCCCCGGCUUGCGAGGCUCCCCCAUCUCCCGUUUUGUGUCUGGCUGCCAUGUAAUCAUUUCUUCGUGCAGUCGUAUCUACCUGCACAGGCAGUCAAGCAAUCAACAGCGAAGAUGCUUCUUUUUUCAGGGACAAAGAAAUACUGCUUAUAGUAUAGUUUGGCCAACCACAGUUUCUGCAGCUCACCCAGUUCCGAAGCACAUAAAGAAGCCAGACUAUGUGACGACAGGCAUUGUACCAGACUGGGGAGACGACAUCGAAAUUAAGAAUGAAGAUCAGAUUCAAGGGCUUCGUCAGGCUUGUCAGUUGGCCCGUCAUGUCCUGCUUCUGGCUGGAAAGGGCUUAAAGGUUGGCAUGACAACUGAAGAAAUAGAUUCCAUUGUUCAUCAUGAAAUAAUCAGACAGAAUGCCUACCCGUCACCUCUGGGCUAUGGAGGUUUUCCAAAAUCUGUUUGUACUUCUGUAAACAACGUGGUAUGUCAUGGUAUUCCUGACAGUCGACCUCUUCAGGAUGGAGAUAUUAUCAACAUUGAUGUCACGGUGUAUUACAAUGGCUACCAUGGUGACACUUCUGAAACCUUUUUGGUGGGCAAUGUGGAUAAAUCUGGUCAAAAGUUAGUGGAGGUUGCCAGGAAAUGUAGAGAUGAAGCAAUUGCAGCUUGCAGACCAGGGGCUCCCUUCUCUGUAAUUGGAAGCACAAUCAGGUCAGUCGUGCGCCUGGUGCCCAGCAUGCAGCUGCUGCUGCUACUGCUGCUCUCCUCGGCACCAGCUGAGUACUGGGGCAAGAGCUUCCCCUGCCCGCAGGAGACCAUAAACGCGUUUUUAUUUUCUUUUGUAGCCAAUGACAGUGAUUUGUUAAUGGAAGAGGGAAUGGCGUUCACAAUAGAGCCAAUAAUAAUGGAAGGAUCCCCCGAAUUUAAGAUUCUGAAGGAUAAAUGGACUGCAGUUUCUGUAGACAAUAAAAGAUCAGCGCAGUUUGAACAUACCAUUGUGAUUACCUCAGAGGGAGCAGAAAUCCUCUCUAAACUGGUGGAAGAAGCCUAAAGAUGGAGCAAGGAGGGAGUGGAGAGACUCGCUGUGCUUCUGGGAUUUCCACUUUUGCUCAGGACAGAGAGGAGGUUUCUGUAAUUUCUAUGGGGAAUGGGUGCUGCAUAAGUUGCUGCAGGGGACAGAAAAAGCAGCUUGAGGGGUCGGCUCUGGACAUAGUCCUUUCUGUGUGUUACCUGGUGAGUAUUUAAUAAAAGUCCCUUGGCUUGUUUG